AUGUACGGUGUGGGACAAUCUGGAGGCCCUCUAGGAGCAUCUCCCUCUGGAGGCAUUCGUCUCAACUUUAUUACUCCCAGUGACCAAGCCAAAUUCGAGGAUCUGUUUAGUCGUGCAGCAGCAUCUACGGGAAGCAAUAAACUCCCUGCUAUGGCUGUGCGUGAUAUCUUGACGCGGUCGAGGGUGGAUAACGAUUCACUUGCGAAGAUCUGGGAUCUAUCUUCGAUUGCCAAUGCACCUUAUCUCACCUUUCCCGAGUUUGCCAUUGCCAUGUACUUGACGUCCGAGAAACUACGAGGCAAGGUGGUACCUGCUACAUUGCCAAGUGCUAUUCGAGAAGAAGUGGAAUUGGCCAUAGCAACAUUGGCAUCCAAAGAAGGUUCUAAUCCUCCCAUGUCACAACCAUCCAUGCCACAAGCUUCAUUCAUGCCACAACAACAACAACAGCAGCAGCAAUUCAUGCCACAAAUCUCUCAACCACAACCACAAUUCCCUCAACAACAACAACAAUUUGGAGGAGGUUCGAUGAUGCAACCACAAAUACCAGCCAUGACGGGUGCCUCUCCUUUUCCAAACAUGAUGAAUCCAUCACCCAUGACAACACCACCUGUGCAGGCACCAAUGCGAACAGGAAUUGCACCACCCAUGUACAAUGACAACAAGCCGCGUCUUGCAGGACAGGAUUUUGCUAGUAAGAUGAUGCCCAAUCAAGCAGGUGGUGUGGUGGAUCUUGUCACUGGUCGUUCAACAAUGCCAUCAGCAACAACAUGGAAAAUCAGUCCUGAAGAAAAGCAACGUUAUCGUGACAUUUUCACAGCAUGGAAUGGUCCUGGACUCACUUAUAUGCCCGGCAAUACAGCACGCGAGGUCCUUUUGCAAUCCAACUUGUCCGAACAAGAUCUCAUGAGAAUUUGGCACUUGGCUGAUCGUGAAAAUCGUGGAAGUCUUGAUGCCGAUGAAUUUGCUAUUGCUAUGCACUUGAUUUAUCGUAAGCUCAAUGGCGUUGAAGUUCCAUCCACUUUACCUGCAGAAUUGGCAGCACCCUCAAGUGUUCUCAAAAAGUUCGUUCGUGGCUAUCAGAGCUCGCCUACACCACCGCCUAUGCAACGUUCGCCACAACAACAACAAGAAUACCAUCCACCUGUUGAAGAUUCUCAUACUGGAUACGUAUCCAAUGCUAGAAGAAAGGGUCCUGCAAGCCGUUUUCGAUCAUCCAUUGCCUCUCGACCUCGAAUGCAAUCCUAUGAUGAAGAAGAAGAGGAAGAUCAAGAUGAUGGAUAUGACAACAGUGCUGAGAUUGAGGAGCUACGAUUCCAAAUCAGAGGUGUUAAGAAUCAAUUGGAUCGUUUGAAUGCCACCAAUGCACGUAAUCAGGAUACAUUCAGUGGUGAUGACAACCGAUAUUCAGUGGAGGAGCUUAAAGAUAAGAUCCGUAAGACCCAGGAAGAGCUUACACGUGCUUCGCGAUCCAAUCCCAAGUACUUUGAAAAUGCCGAGACGCUGCUUGAUCUGCUCGAGACACAAAAGACAUUGCAGGAUGAGAUUCAGUACUUGUGUAACCGUGAUAUUCCAGUAUUGGCACGACAACUACGUGGUGCAGUUGCAGAGUUACGUGAUACCAAGGUGCGAUACGGACGCAAGAAUGAUGGAUCACAGGAUUAUAUGGCGUUUGUGGAACCCACAGGCCCUGGUGGUAUUGUGACAGAGAGUGAUCGUGUUCGUGCCAAGGCGAAGGCUAUGAUGGCAGCACGCAAGGCAGGCACUUCAAGCUCACGUGAUGCAUCUUAUGAUCUCAAAAAGGCCGAGCAAGAAAAGGAAGAUUAUGAUCGUCAAGCUGAUCAGUAUGAGCGUGAAAUGGAACGUUCGAGAGACGCGUUACGGGAUUUACGUGGCGAGUUGAACUAUUUGUCGAGUCUUUCUGAAUCCAAGGCUAUCAAGGAUAAGAAGCGAUUUGAUAAGGGUCAAGAUUUAUCUUAUGAACUUCGACGUUUUGUGGAUCAACUUGAACGUGAUUCUAUUCUUGGUGGAACAUCAUCAUCUUCAGUAUCCACACCAUCCACAGAACCUCGCUAUGGCUCUUCUUUCCUAUCAACGGGAGGAACUUCACCAUCACCCAAGCCGGCAACAGCACCCACUAGUCCCAAACCUCCAGCUGCCUCUACACCACCACCUUCUAAGCCAAGAACUGCCGAAGAAAUCAAAAAAGAGGCAGAACGUCGUGUUCAAGAACGCCUUGCUGCAUUGCAAGCCAAACGAUCACCUUCAGCACGAUCACCCAAACCAAGCCCAGCCGCCGCCUCGACACCUAAUGAAGAUGAAUUGGCUGCUCAACGUCGUCUUCGCGAGGUUGAACAACAAGCUCAGCAACGGUUGCGUGAAAGUGAAAUGCGCCAAGAAGAAUUCUCUACACCACCCGCUACACCACAAGAUAGCCUUGAGAAUGAACGUCUUCGACGUGAACAAGCUGAACGUGAACAAGCCGAUCGUGAAAAGGCUGAAGAAGAACGUAGAAUUGCUGAAGAGAAGGAAUUGGAAGAAAGAAGACGUGCUGUUCUUGAAAAGGAGGAAAAGCAGCGUUUGGCAAGAUUGGAAGCUAUUCAACGGGCUGAAGAUGAACGUGAGGAAGAAAGACGUCGUGAAGAAGAAGCUGCUUUGCAAAAGCUUCAAGGUUCUACACCAAAGGCACAAGAAGAAGAACCACAACAACAACAACAACAACCAGCAUCAUCUGCACCUCCACCACCACCACCUCCUCCACCAGCACCAGCCGCACCAGCAGCACCAGCCGCACCAGCAGCAUCAGCUGACGCCAACGCCAAAACAAGCAGCAAUAAUCCAUUUGCAAAGUUACAACAAGGCAAGGAUGAGGAAGGCGUGAAAUCUGAAGAACAAGAAAAGAAGCCUACAGAUCAACCUGAAGAAGAGGAACAACAAGAUGAAAAGCCUGUCAACAAUAAGCGCGUUAGCUACAAUCCAUUUGCAGCAUUUUCAGCAUUCUCUGCUACUAAGGCAACAGGCCAUGAUGAUAGCGACUCUGAUGAUGAUGGAUGGGAUGUUGUUCACCAUGACGACACCGAUGAUGAAAAUGAGUUCCCUGCUGCUGGUAGUGCCAAGAAUUUGGCGGGAAUGUUAUUUGAAGCCAUGAGUCAACGCAAGAGCCCAAUGAUGCCUAACCGUGAAUUGGGAUCAUCUUCUUCUCCAAAGCCUCCUGCUGCUGAUACAAGUGUACCACCACCUCCUCCUCCACCACCACCUUCAGCACCUGCUGAUGCAGCUGCAGCUCCUCCACCUCCACCUCCACCUGCACCACCAGCAGCUCCACCUGCACCUACAGCACCUACAGCACCAUCAUCCACACCAGCCCCUGAACCAUCAGCUGGUCGCAGUGCAUUAUUGAGUCAAAUUCAACAAGGCACCAAAUUACGCAAAGCGGUGACGAAUGAUCGUAGUGGAGCUUCUGUUGCAGGCCAUGUUAAAGAAGAUACAUCAUCGUCAUCAUCAUCAGCCGCUGCUGCUGCUCCUGCACCACCACAACCAUCACAACCAGCUGCUACUGAACCACCCGCACCAUCAUUCCCAGCACCUAGUAGUGGAUUUUUGGCUGAAUUGCAAUCACGCACUACAGGCACAUCAGCACCUCAAGAACCAAGUUCUCCUGUUAAGCCUGAACAUCAUCCUGAACAACCACCUGCUGCCACAUCAGGUGAUGGCAAAGAAUACGUGACACAAUGGGCAUACAGUGGCCAAAGCGAGGAUGAUCUUUCCUUUGAACAAGACGAGACGAUCAUUGUACUCAAUGACAGUGAUCCUGAUUGGUGGUAUGGUACUCAUAAAAGCACUGGCAAAACGGGCUAUUUCCCCAAGGCCUAUGUCUCCGUACCUGGUGAUAAGGUGCGACUCCCUGCCAAGGCAUUAUAUGACUUUGAUGGACCGGAAGGUGAAGGCUGUUUAAGCAUCCAGGCUGGUGCCGAGUUGAUUAUCCUUGAUAAGGAUGCGGAUGAUUGGUGGCAAGCCGAGAUUCCUAGCACAGGCAAAACGGGCCUGGUGCCUGCCAAUUACGUUGAACUCGAUUAA